GAAGGAUCCCCACUAUUUGGUUGAUUUAAAAACCCAGUAACCGUUAGCUGACAGGCUAGCUGGUGUAUAGCCAGGCUAACGGUAGCUAGGCUAGCCGAGUGGAAAGCCCGAAAUGACAGGCUAGAGCUGUCAUGGAUCAUGCGAGGGAUGUGUAUUUUAUGGAUACCACUGGACACAGUAGCUUUCAAUCAAAAGGAAAUAUGUAUACGGUUCUAUUGAGGCUCUCUUGAGUGAUAACAUCGCUGAUCGCUGUUUAUGCCGGCGUUUUAACCAGUGUGAAUGACUAGCUGAAAUUUGAGAACAAAGAUUGGUUGUAAGCUACCGUAGCUAACUGUUAACGGUGACUGUGAUUAACGUUUCAUUCUGUUCUCCCUCACACACAUAACACACACCCUGCUCACUGCUGACUCCAACGAGGAUAUAUAUAUAUAUAGCUGUACAUGUAUAGAGAUGAUAUUUAUAUUAUUUAAAAAUAUGUUUUCCUGAAACAAAUGUCAGCUUUGUUUAAAUAAUUGAUGAUUUCGAUGAUUAACUCGAGGCUAUGUAUCAUAUGGAGAUUUGAAGCUGUUUGUGGACACUGAGGAUGACGUGACUUAACGAGCUGUCAGAAUCUGCAUCUCGCCCGCUCACCGUGUUGGCCUUAUAAUUGUUCACGCGAUCUAGUUAACCUCAGUCAGAUUUCUGACCUUAUUGUUGUGAAUGUUAUCCAGUCUACCUCAGAUCUCUAUCCAGGGUGUUGUUGUCAAAACCUUUCAUGUCCUUAGUGAAUGGUCCGAUUGGUUGCUACCUGUCUCUCUGGUGAUAUUAUUUAGCCUAAGAAGUCUUCUGCUUCGAUUGUUUCUGUUGAUGGUUGAGUCUUUAGUGAGGUGGGCUGACCAGUGAAUGCAUAGAGUCAAGAAGGUCAAGCUUUGUGACAAUACAGAAGGUAUCUGGAAAAGCAGCUGUGUCAGUGUGAGCAUGGCAGCAGUGGACGGGCUUUCAGACAGCACGGAGGUAGUGGAGAUGGAGGACGUCCCGUCUCAGUUCUACGUGGAGAAGCACUCCUGGGACGGCUUGCGGGACAUUAUCCACUGCAGCAGGAAGUACUCGGGCAUGAUCGCCAACAAGGCACCGCACGACUUUCAGUUUGUGCAGAAGAAGGAAGAGAACGGCCCCCACUCCCACCGUCUUUACUACCUCGGAAUGCCUUAUGGAAGCAGAGAGAACUCGUUGCUCUACUCGGAGAUCCCCAAGAAGAUUCGCAAGGAGGCCCUCCUCGUGUUGUCAUGGAAGCAGAUGCUGGACCACUUUCAGGCCACCCCCCACCAGGGGGCGUACUCCCGUGAGGAAGAGUUAUUGAGGGAGAGGAAGCGGCUGGGAGCGUUCGGCAUCACGUCCUACGACUACCACGCCAAGACAGGCCUGUUCCUCUUCCAGGCCAGCAACAGCCUCUUCUACUGUCAGGACGGAGGCCACAACGGCUUCAUUCAGUCCUCUCCAAUCAAGCCUGUGGAGGUGAAGACCCACUGCUCCGGGACCCGCAUGGACCCCAAGAUCUGCCCCGGGCACCCGGACUUCAUCGCCUUCGUCAACAGCAACGACCUGUGGAUGGCCAACAUCAAGAGUGGAGAGGAGCGCAGGCUCACCUUCUGCCACAAAGGUCUGGACAACGUCAAAGAGGACCCAAAGUCAGCGGGCGUGGCCACGUUUGUCAUCCAGGAGGAGUUUGACCGUUUCACCGGCUACUGGUGGAGCCCCUCAGCCACAGAAGAGCCCGACGGAGGGAAGACUAUGUACCUGCUGUACGAGGAGGUGGACGAGAGCGAGGUGGAGAUUAUACAUGUCCCCUCCCCUGCCCUGGAGGAGAGGAAGGCCGACGCCUACAGAUACCCCCGCACAGGUAGUAAAAAUCCCCAGGCCACCCUUAAACUGGCUGAGAUCAAGACGGAUCACCAAGGCAGGAUCGUCAGCACGCAAGACAAAGAGCUGGUCCUCCCCUUCACCACACUCUUUCCCGGCACAGAGUACAUCGCCAGAGCCGGCUGGACGACUAACGGCAAAUACGGCUGGGCAGUGCUGCUGGACCGCUGUCAGAGGAGGCUCCAGCUGGUGCUGCUGCCCCCGGCCCUCUUCAUCCCCGUCACCGACGACCCCGCGCAGAGACUGGACAGCCUGCAGAGUCUGCCCGGCAACACGCAGCCCUACAUCGUGUACGAGGAGACCACGGACGUGUGGAUAAACGUUCACGAUAUCUUCUACCCGUUCGUUCAGACCACGGACGAAGAGUUCACUUUCAUUUGGGUCAACGAGUCCAAGACGGGCUUCAGCCAUCUGUAUAAAACCACCUCCCUGUUGCAGCCGCGUUCCUACCACUGGGCCGGGGACUACCAGUACAUAGAGGGGGAUUUCAAAUGUGCAAUCAAGGAGGAGGUGACGCUGACAAGUGGAGAGUGGGAGGUUCUGGCCCGCCACGGCUCCAAGAUCUGGGUGAACGAGGCCACCAAGCUGGUGUACUUCCAGGGCACCCGGGACACGCCCCUGGAGCACCACCUGUAUGUGGUCAGCUACGAGGUGCCCGGCGACGUGGUGCGACUCACCAAGCCCGGCUUCUCCCACAGCUGCUCCGUCAGCCAGAACUUUGACAUGUUCGUCAGCCACUACAGUAACGUGAGCACGCCCCCCUGCGUGCACGUCUACAAGCUGACCGGCUCGGAGGGCAACCCCUUGCACAUGGUGCCUGAGUUCUGGGCCAGCAUGAUGGAGUCACCAGGUUGCCCAGGCGACUACAACCCGCCAGAGAUCUUUGACUUCCCGGGGAAGUCUGGCUUCCAGCUGUACGGCAUGGUGUACAAGCCCCACAACCUGCAGCCCGGCCGGAAGCACCCCACCGUGCUGUUUGUCUACGGGGGGCCCCAGGUCCAGCUGGUGAACAACUCCUUCAAGGGGAUGAAGUAUCUGCGUCUGAACACGCUGGCCUCGCUGGGCUAUGCCGUGGUGGUCAUCGACGGCAGGGGGUCCUGCCAGCGGGGCCUGGAGUUCGAAGGGGCGCUGAAGAACAAACUGGGCCAGGUGGAGAUCGAGGACCAGGUGGAGGGGCUCCAGUUCGUGGCGGAGAGGUACAACUUUGUGGACCUGAGCCGCGUGGCCAUCCACGGCUGGUCCUACGGGGGCUUCCUGUCCCUCAUGGGCCUCAUCCAGAGGCCCAACGUCUUCAAGGUGGCCAUCGCGGGCGCCCCGGUGACGGUGUGGAUGGCGUACGACACAGGCUACACGGAGCGCUACAUGGACAUCCCCGAGAACAACCAGCAGGGCUACGAGGAGGGCUCGGUGGCCCUGCACGUGGACAAACUGCCCAGCGAGCCCAACCGGUUGCUGAUUCUCCAUGGAUUCCUGGACGAGAACGUGCACUUUUUCCACACCAAUUUCCUCGUGUCGCAGAUCAUCCGCGCUGGGAAGCCCUACCAGCUGCAGGUGUACCCCAACGAGCGCCACAGUAUUCGCUGUCCCGAGUCGGGGGAGCACUACGAGAUCAUGCUGCUGUACUUUUUACAACAAUACCUCUAAAGAGCACACCCGAGAGGGGGGGCGAACGGCGGCUCCCUUCAUCCCCCGUCAGCCAACAUCACCCACCUCCCUCCCUCUCCCCCCCUCACUAGAGACUUCCACCUUGAGGACACUCUUAACUAUGAACUGGAACGCUCACUACGCAAAAAUCCACUUCUUCUUCCUCCUCCUCCUCCUCGCUCUCUCUCCUCUCACCCGCUGUCCCUCGCUCUCCCUUCCUCCCUCUCUGGCCUUGGUUCGUUACUGUUCUGCUUGCUGUGUUCCACGUCCCCCCCUCCUCGGUGUAUAGUCUGCGGCCCGCGGCGGUUGUCGAGGACAGGAGUGGUCGGUUCUUGUUGUUCUGAUUUUUUUUUUUGGUUUUGCGUUUCGCCUGCAGAAACUGAAGAAAGGACGGGAUAUAUGUUGAGGAAUAUACAGGCUGCCUCACGCUCACUGUUCACCCACAGCUGGUCAUCUCCACACACACUGUUUCCUUUCCUUUGCCAAAACCAUUUGUGUGUCCGCGUCUGCGGUGGUGUGUGUGACUAAUGCGCGCGUGUACGUUUAUGUCCGUGCGCGUGUGUGUGUGUGCGUUCGAUUUUCACGGUGCAAACCCGACUUCAACCCAUUUCAUCCGUUUUUGUUCACUGGUCGGACCGGGAUCAUGGUACUUAAUGAUAUUAAGAGUUGUCUUAAACAUACUUACAGACACACAAACCCACAUACAGUUCAUACACUCGAUUCCCACAGCCCACGUAUUCUGUCAAUCUAAACACUUGCACACUACACACACGUACACACACGGGAUGCGACCAUGUGGGGACAGGGGCCGGUGUGUAUCGUUUUCCUCUUGUCAGACUAGUUUUAAGUGUCUGGGUUUAAAAAAAUAAAUGAAUAUUUUAUUAACUUUUAAUCUGUUUAUAAUGCGUAGCGGCGCGCGUUUCCACUCACUCUGUUGUCUGCGUCACGUCACAUUGCUCAAGGUGGGUGUGUGUGUCUCUGCGUCUCUGCCUGCCUUCUUAUGAAACACAUACGUUAUGAUGUUUGCCAAAGUACCUCCUGACUCGCUCACGCUGGUAUUUCCUUCUUUUUUUUUUUACUGCAAUAAAGACAACAGGGGGGUGAGCACUGGAGUCUUAUCAACAGCUUUGUACACCCGAAGACAAUUUGUACAUGGUAAUAAAGAAAUGUAUGAUGGA